UCAAAAAAUCAUGCGCGCGCAUCUUCAUAAAUGACGAAAUUCAUAAUGGUAGAAUUUUGGUAGGUAAACACUGCAUUUCACCAGAAGACCAAACUUUAAAACCCUGUCAAAAACAUUUAGCAAUAUUGGAAAAUUGAUACUCUAAUCGAAAGUUCAUCAAAUUAGCUGUAAUGUCUCGAUACUGUGCCGUAACAGGAUGUAAUAAUGGCGAUUAUUUAUUAACAAAAUGGCGUAAAUCAAUAUGCAACGUUCAUAAAGUAUGUCAUAAUGAAAGUCAAUGUUCUUGCGAACCACCUUUUACAUUGUUUCCAUUUCCAACUGAGAAGAAGGAUUGUAUGAUGAGGAAAAUCUGGCUACAGAUGAUAAAUCGUAUGGAUGCAGUAAAAAGGAACAAGUUGUGGUCUCCAGGAAAGUCUUCUAGAGUAUGUUCCAAACACUUUGUUUCACAAAGUCCUACUGAUAGUCACCCAUUUCCAUCAUUGCAUAUGGGUUACAAUUGUAAGCAAAAAGCUGAGACAGUUAUGCGUCAGAUAAAAUCUUCACAUAAAAUGGAAUCCCCUUUACAAGUUGCUGUUUCCACAUUAAAAAAUGCAAAGGAGAAAUACGUUACAGAGUUACAGAUUGCAUCACUAAUAGAAUUCACCAAGAAGGAAGCACAUUUAAUAAAUUCUGUUUAUAGUCUUCCAAUUAUUUCACAUAGUUAUUUCUACCUGUUCAAAAUGUUCCUGUUUUUGAGUAGUUAUUUACCAUUUUUCUGUAUUUUUGCAAAAUGUCGCACUGUUGAAAAUGACCCGUCACAACAAAAACAGGAAAAGUUACUGUUGCAGCUGACUAUUAAAGGGGAAGUUCGGUCAAAAAUUAUAUUUUCAUAA